CACAAAAACACGACCGAGUCCUUCUCGGCUCCAGCAUGCCUCGACAACAUGUUACUGCUUCAUCAGACAGGCUCUGUCCGGGUCGGUGAAGUGGUAAGAUACACAUUGACGUACACUCCAAGCAUCGAUCGCAUCCUCCCACCUCCUACGCACCUACACGUCAAGAUCAAGAACACCUCCGCGAUCCCGCUGCGAGCCGCAUACCUGCACGGCCCGUACACCCUCUAUGUCGCGUGCUAUCCUUCCACAUUCGACCCUUACAAAAAGCACGAGACCAGCAAAGAAGAGGGCGUGCCCGAAUACGAACCGCAAUUGAAAGCAGGUGGUCAAUGGUCUGCGAAAUUGACAGUCCCUGAAGAGAUCCGCCGGGACGCCGUUCACGGAGAGAGCAAGCGUCAUGGAGAUCGCAAGAGUUUUACGUGGAUUAUAGAAGUGGCUUCGCAGAUCAUCUUCUCCAAAACCGCAACCGUGCACUAUGAAGUUCUCGUGGGAAGAGACGAGAAGUCGGUCGAACUUGGAUUCCACGGCGUUGUCGGUUCCGGCCAAGGUGCGCCAGGAAGACUGGAAGAUCACAAGCACCGACGAGCGAGGGAUGCUGCACAACCGAAGGGGGUUUUCUCCAAGGCUGUUCGCCUGGCAGUGGACGAUACUGAGAGUCUUUGGAAUACGCCUCCAUUUCCUGAAUGGGAAAGCGACGGCGACGUCAAGGUUCAAGAGGGUCCCCAGCACGGCGACAAGCGAGACUAUGCCGCCAAAAAGGACAAAAAGCAGCAGAAGCAGAAGAAGAUCCAUCUGGUCCUUCUGACACAUGGGCUGCAUAGCAAUCUAGGAGCAGAUAUGCUGUUCAUGAAAGAAACCAUCGACACAGCGGCAAAGCAGGCGCGGGAGGACUCCAAGAAGAGACGGGCUGAAAGGCGAGCACGACGGUUGGCAGAGUCGAAUCAAUUCGGAAGAGACGUGGUUGACCAAAGAACGAAAUCUGUUCCGGAGAUCGCGCUUACAGGUGCCGAUGAGGAGACCACAGACGACGAGGAGGAAGAAGUUCUCGUUCGAGGAUUCAACGGCAAUGCCGUGAGAACAGAACGCGGAAUCCAGUAUCUCGGCAAACGGUUCGCCAAAUACGUGCUUUCCAUCACAUACCCAGAUCAACCAUAUCUACCCGUCAAAAGUUCGAUAGGGAAGUCUCUCUCAAAAUCCAUGCCGACAUCUAAGCCGACACCGAAUUCAGAUGUGCAACCGACACACAAGAACAGCAGCAUCAUUAAGGAUGAGAACCACCGGAGCCACAAUCUCCCCUAUAAAAUCACCAGCAUUAGCUUUAUCAGUCAUUCUCUGGGCGGCCUAAUUCAGACAUACGCCGUGGCGUACAUUCAGAAACAUUCACCUGAUUUCUUCGAACUCAUCAAGCCCAUAAAUUUUGUGGCCAUGGCAACCCCUUUUCUGGGUCUGAGUAACGAGAACCCAGUCUAUGUCAAGUUUGCGCUUGACUUUGGCCUUGUUGGCCGGACAGGGCAAGAUUUGGGGCUGACCUGGCGCGCACCCACCAUCGCCAAAAAUGGCUGGGGCGCUGUCUUGGGCAGCCUGACGACAGAAGCGCACAAGGCACAAAGAGAACCCGAUCCUGGCACGAAACCUUUACUUCGGAUCCUGCCGUCUGGUCCUGCCCAUAUUGCUCUGAAGAAAUUCCGAAACAGGACUGUGUAUUCGAACGUGGUUAACGACGGAAUAGUCCCGUUGAGGACGUCAUGUCUUCUGUUCUUGGACUGGAGAGGUCUAGGCCGGGUCGAGAAAGCCAGACGCGAAAACGGCCUGGUUGGGACCAUGGUGGAAUGGGGCUGGGCUGAGGUCACUGGUCAAAAUGCCAGUGCGACUCGCAGGGCUCUGCCUUGGAAUGACCUUUUCGGAGAGAGUGCGGAUGAGAUGAGUGGUAAUGGGAUGUCUUCGCCUGAUCCAGACUCCAGUGUACCUCAAGCAGAAGCGAGUCAAGGGUUAGACCGCGAUGAAAGAGCUGAGCCAGCACCACAACAGUUUGUGGAGAAGCCGCAGUCCGAUGCAUCUCCUCCGAGCGCCGAUAUCACCUCUUCGACAACGUCGGCAUCGAAUUUAUGGACGGGCCUGCUCAAUCUGUUCAAGCCGCAAGCUGGACAACAGAAGCCUGCACACAAGGUGCAGAAAAUAUAUCGUCGAGGCCAGACAAUGCACCACCUUGAGCGCGGUUCAGAACGGAGUUCGCAUGAGAAUUCGCAGGGUUCGGAUGAGGUCGAAGAAGAGCACGGAGGGCCUAGGAAAAAUCUUGUCCGUGGCUCGUCACUGUACACGAACAACUCAGAGAACGGCGAAGUGGAAGCACCUCCCAAGACCACAUUCUUCGAAUCAGCCGGCGAUCUUCUCAACCCACCUUUACCAUCGAAAGAAUUCCUUCUCGACCCAACCGCUCGGCCACGGACAAUCUGGCACGACCGCGUGUAUCAUCCCGAAGACAUCCCGCCGCCACCGGCCAAGCGCCAUCGGACGUUAAUGAUGAGGGCCAUACCAGGCUCACGGAAGGGGUCUCAGCAGUCGUUGAUGCCACCCGAUCCGGCAUCCUCGCUUACGGUAAAUCCACCUCGCUCAAGCUCAAGCCAUUCUUCGGCGUCAAUACUAACGCAAGGUCCAAACGAAACCCAAGAGACGGGCUCGAUGAAGAUUGAGGAGAAAAUCGCGCGGGCGUACCACAAGGACCUGUCCUGGCGGAAGGUGCUCGUACGUCUAGAGCCGGACGCGCACAACAAUAUGAUCGUCCGGCGAAUGUUUGCGAAUGCUUAUGGCUGGCCGGUCGUGAAACACAUGUGUGACACUCACUUUGCAUACACGGCGGCCGCGAAGACACGGGAUGAGGAUGAGUCGAACGUCGAACGGGCCAAGCCGAGUGAUGCAGUGGUGGUCGGCGCGGAUGGAGAAAAGGUCAGGGGUCAGACGGAUGCGCCUCCUGAGGAGGUCGAGGAAGGUGGUCAGCACAAGGACGGUGCAGAGAGAGCACGGACGACGGACGUUGUGGACCUGGCCGCUAGUGCGUCGCCGAGCAGCGUGGUCGUGCAUGAUGACCAAUUCCACGAGCUACAUAGCAGGUGGAAAGUCGGCGAUCGUGUACAGCCCCAGCGGUCACGUACGGAAUCCGAGAUCCGCGAAUCGAGGGAUGAUGUGUCUGAGUUGGUAUCGCUUGUCAGCGCGGCUGGAGAGAGUACUUACUCGAGUUCGAACUCUAGUAAAGCUGCGCUGUCAAGACUUGCGAGGCAGGAUUCAGCCAGGUGGAGUGAUCGGUUCUUUGACGGAAGCGAUGACGAUGACACUGAACAGGACGAUGAAGGCGAGGACGUAUUGAAAGAGGAAUUGAAAAAGGCCAGGCAGAGAGGGGAAUCGGGCGCUGAAAGGAGCGCGAGUACGAGUGCGAGAAUCGCGAACUCAUUGACGGCGAGCCCAAGGGCUACACGGCUUGGGCUCAAUACGAAUACGGACGGUCUGGAGCCGGCUCCGCUGGACGCAGGAAAGAACAACGAACACGGUGGGCCCAAGCUGAUUCUAGCGGAGCCUGAUACGCCUUUGACGGCAGAGCCGGGGGAGCUGGAGCCUUCCUCGCAUGCCUCCAAGGCGAGGAGGAAGUGACGGGGAGAGAGAGAUGUAGGAUUUAGAUGUACACUUAUGACUACCUUAGGUAUCGUCCACGUAAUGAAUAGCGCUGUCUUAUAUUCAUCUCUCAAAGGUAGCUCCGGCGACACAGGAGUAUCACUGGAGAAAUUAAAGGCGGCAUAUAGAUCCC